CAGCCGUCUGGGCCAGGGGUCUCCAAAUUUUAUAGAGUAAAUAAAUCAAUCGUAUCUGUUUGGCAUGAGAACGAGGAUGGGCUUGGCGAGGAACAUCCAAUCCCCAAACUUACUGCCGCCUUCACCCGCCUUGAUACGCUCAGCAUCUCAAACACCUCUCGUCCUCGAGAGAACUAUUGCCUGUCGCGAAUGGAUCUGUCUCCUGCUCAGUAGGUUUACUUUCCCAAGCGGAGCCGGCUUCCCCAGGUCAUAUCGCCCAUAAUGGCCACCCCCAGGGCUCAGAAGUUCAACCCCAUUGCCUUCACACCCGGGCCGGUAACCCUGAUCACAACAAUCGUGUAUCUCGCCCUUCUAAUUCCGAUCCUCGUCAUAAGUCUGGUUGUUCCUCCCGCUCCGGAAACAAGCCCGGAAGGUGUGAAUCUUACGGAAGCCUGGAGGGAUCUUCAGCACUUAACCGGAGGUUUUCACCCAUAUAAUAGCCGGAGAAAUGAUGACGUCCACCAGUGGCUCCUGCGCCGAAUCGAUUCGAUCCUUCGCCCUACAGUAGAGGCUGGAGAGCGCCCUUCCGCUAAUAACGACAUACCAGACGUUUUCGUGUUUGAUGACAAUCAGUCUAAUCUGACUUAUUCUAACGGUGGAGUUGGCAAGGCUGCAAUUGUGGGAGUCUAUUUUGAAGGCACCAACAUCAUUGUUUAUAUACGAGGGACUGAAGAUGACCCGGAGAACUGGUGGGAGCGCUCAAAUGGGAAACCGAAAGGGAAAGGAGGGGUUCUGGUAAACGCUCAUUAUGAUAGUGUUUCAACAGGGUAUGGAGCCACGGAUAAUGGCAUGGGAGUCGUGAGCUUGCUACAACUCCUCAAAUACUUCACGACUCCUGGCAACAAACCCCGGAAAGGUCUCGUCUUGCUCUUCAAUAAUGGCGAGGAAGAUUAUUUGAACGGCGCACACGUAUUUAGCCAACAUCCACUGUCAAACUUUACGCAUACGUUCUUGAAUCUUGAAGGUGCGGGGGCGGGGGGUCGAGCUGCCCUUUUCCGAACCACGGACACCGAAGUUACACGAUUUUAUCAGAACGCUAAACACCCAUUUGGCUCUGUGCUCGCUGCUGACGGGUUUAAGAUGGGCCUACUGCGCAGUCAAACUGAUUAUGUCGUGUUUAACGGUAUCUUAGGGCUUCGAGGGCUUGAUUUGGCUUUCAUAGCUCCCAGAAGCCGAUAUCACACAGACCAAGAUGAUGCUCGGCACACCAGUGUGGAUUCCCUGUGGCACAUGCUCUCUGCUGCUAUAGGAACCACUGAAGGUCUCGUUUCAUAUACGGGAACGGAUUUUGAUGGCAAAUCACAGGGCCUAGACAAAGUGAACAGCGGCACUGGCACUCUAGGUGUUUGGUUUGAUAUGUUUGGAUCCGCCUUUGCGGUUUUCCGCCUUCAUACUCUGUUUGCACUCUCCGUAACGUUACUGAUCGUUGCCCCUCUGGUAAUCUUCAUCACGGCUAUUGUCUUAUCUAAAACAGACCGAAUGUACCUGUUUUCGAUGUCCAAGUCGUUGGGAGGAACUGACGAACGGGUCUCCUUACGAGGUCUCCGCGGCCUAUUCCGCACCCCUAUAAUAUUGGCUGUGGCUACGGUCAUUCCUAUAGGUUUGGCGUAUCUACUCGAGAAAGUCAAUCCAUAUAUCGUACAUUCCAGCCAAUUCUCAGUGUGGAGCAUGAUGAUCUCUGUGUGGAUAUUCCUAGCUUGGUUUCUAGCCUGUGCCGCUGACUUUUUCAGGCCCUCAGCUCUCCACAGAGCAUAUAGCUACACGUGGAUAUUCAUCGCAACGUGGGUCAUGCUAGUGAUUAACACAGUUUAUGCAAACCAAAAAGGAAUUGCGGCGGGAUAUUUUGUGUUCUUUUACUUUAGUGGCUCAUUUCUCGCGACUUGGGUUUCAUAUCUGGAACUCUUCGCUCUUCCGCGGAAGGGGGAUUUUGCGCGUCAGGCCAUUAUGCAUUCAGGGCGACCUCCAAGCAGCCUCAGAAGCAGGUUACUAACGCCUUCCGCAGACGAGCUACCAUCUGAUACUGGCCCCCAUGCUGAAUACCCCGGAGAUGCAGACGAGACCGACCCCACAGAAUCUACAUCCCUACUUCGUGGCCAACGUACAACGUUUGCAAAUUAUCGGACUGGUGGCACUGACGGUGUCGUUGAAGGUACCGAUGAAGGCCCCAGUUUUAAACAUGAACAAUCAUGGAGCUGGACAUUACCUAGGUGGACAUGGGUAUUACAACUCUUGCUUCUAGCUCCUAUUGUUCUCAUUCUUGUCGGCCAGCUUGCCCUUUUCCUGACCACCUCAAUGAGCCAGGUUGGUUCAGACGGAGUGUCGACCUUCAUUGUCUACUUGGCAUGUGCCGUCUUUACAACUCUUCUAUUCGCACCUUUAUUCCCUUUCAUCCAUCGAUUCACAUACCAUAUUCCGACAUUCCUGUUUCUCGUAUUUGUUGGUACUCUAAUUUAUAAUUUGGUGGCCUUUCCCUUCUCUCCUGCCAAUCGUUUGAAGAUGUUUUUCAUACAGGAAGUCAAUCUGGACGACGGUUCGAAUACAGUAUCUCUUAGCGGCAUACAACCUUAUCUUACGGAUGCAAUAAACUCUAUACCGAGCGCAGCAGGCCAAAAUAUUACCUGCGACCAAAGCGCGUUUGGUAAACUCGAAAAAUGUUCCUGGGCUGGGCUUCCUCCCCGCGUUCUGGGACAAGAUCAUGAUAGGGACACUGGAAUCGUGUCCAGUGACUGGAUGUCCUACAACAUUACCAAAACAGUGGGUGAAAACAAAGCACGCAUCGAAAUUUCCGGCCGGAACACACGAGCCUGCAAACUCAAAUUCGACAAGCCAGUCGCGGAUUUCCAGGUUUCAGGCUCCGCAGUGGACCACCGUAUGCCGCACACUUCCGGCCAAGGAGUUGCGGAAAUCAGACUGUGGAGUCGAACGUGGGAUAGGACUUGGGUUGUGGAUAUAUGCUGGCAUGAUAGCCAUGACAAACCAGAAGACGAUGAUGGUGAUGAUGAAAAGCAAGACGCUCCCCGAAACGGGUUGAGUGGAAAGGUCAUCUGUCUGUGGAGCGACAGUAACCAGUCCGAUGUGAUACCGGCACUGGAUGAACUGCGGCUCUAUACUCCUAACUGGGUUGCUAUUUCGAAAUCAGCGGAUGGCCUUGUCGAGGCUAGUCAUGGCAUCACAAUUCAAUGAUGCCGUCAAUUUUUGCUGAGAAGUUUUCUUUUCUCUUUCUGUUUGCUAUUUUUGGUCUAGUAGCCUAAUAUGCACAUGUACAUGUACAUACAUAAUGAACAUUCCCACCUUUUCUAUCAACCAUUUCGGACUUCUGUUAAAAUUUUAGUUUGGCAUUCUUGAUGCCGACAUUUUCGCCUGUACCGUCGAUCGUGGAAGGCGUCCCGCUUAAUUUUACUUCUCUUUCCCCAUAUUUUUCAGCCUUUGGUAUAUUUUGCCUGUCUAAUAUUUGAUAUAUGUGUACUGUUAGUUUCAGUUUUUGAUCAUAACACUGGACAGAAAGUCACUGGGUCUUAUAUACAAACCUUGCCCAUCUUCCCAAAUCAGUCUAGGCUUCCUUUCUUCUCAUAUCUCAUUUUGACUAAUGAAUUAAGGACUCCGAGGGGUGCUAAUAAACAACCUCCACUAUAAACCUUUCACCUUGACUUGAUAUAG